UUAUCUUUGUUGAUUACCUACCAUACCAAUAGUCCAAUACCAUUUGGUGGCACAAAAUUGGGACUUUAAGCCAUAGAGAAGGGUCAGAAAAGAAUCGAAGAUAGCCAUGGGAGAUGAAAGGGUCAAAGCUGAAGCAAUGCAAGUUAUGGGUUUGUUCCAAGUUCUUCCCAAAUUGGUUGUUUUUGAUCUCGAUUAUACUCUUUGGCCUUUUUAUUGUGAAUGCCGUUCCAAAAAAGAAAUGCCAUCAUUGUAUCCUCAUGUAAAAGGCAUAUUGUAUGCAUUGAAGGACAAGGGUAUUGAUGUUGCCAUUGCCUCUAGAUCGCCGACUCCUGAUAUUGCCAAUGCAUUUCUUGACAAGUUAGGCCUCCGGUCAAUGUUCGUUGCGCAAGAAAUUUUUUCCAGUUGGACUCACAAAACAGAACACUUUCAAAGAAUUCAUAGGAGGACAAGAAUUCCCUACACCGACAUGCUUUUCUUUGAUGACGAGGAUAGGAACAUUAAAGCGGUUAAAAAUAUGGGUGCGACAAGCAUUCUGGUCGAAAACGGUGUGAAUCAGCAAGCUUUUCGACAGGGAUUGAUGGAGUUUUCACAAAAUUCAAGGGCAUCUGAUAAAACAGGAUCAUCUGGAAAGAGCAAGCAGAAGUGACAAUUUUUUGUUCCUUGGUGAGCUAAAUCCAAUCCUCGGAAGGGGAUCAGAACUAGGUUUCAGACCUUUGUUCUGUUCCAACUUUACAUCAUCGGCGGUUUAGCAAUAUAUGAUUUGUGACUUCACAUUGCUGUUUCUAUAAUGCAAUUACUAUAUGAUCAUCAACAUAUAUAAUAACAAUGUUCUACUUCAAUAAAUUUUGAAAAUCUAAAAUA